UCGGGCACUGCUUGUGACCAUGGCAACAGCCCAACAAAGCAAUUAAACCCCGCAUUUUUAAUUCUUAAUUACAUUCCUCCGAGAAUGAAAUAAAGGAGAGGGAUGGGUAUAGCAUUACAGUGUUAACCGUAGUAUAUUUAGGCAAUAGAGCUUGUGGCGAAAAAAAUAAAAACUAUCUGUGACUCUGCAGGUGGGGGGAUUCUGGGAGCUGUAUUUUCAACUUUUUCAAGAUCAGAUAAUUUACUGAAAUUAUACUGGGAUCUUGUGGCAUCUUUGAAACUGUAACAGGGUUUCCCAAAGUCUUUUAGACUUCAGCUCUCAGAAUCCUUGAUUAUUCUAUCACCAAUGUGUCCCCCAUAGUUUUGUAUGUGAAUGAGAUUUUUCCCUUAUGGUUGUAGCAGUGUUCUAGAAUGGAAACACCCCCCCCCCCCUCCCCAAUGCAUAGCACAUGAUCCAGCCUAGACAAAGUGGGCCCAUUUUGCACUUCACACUUAACAAUGGAACACUGUAGCUGCCAUGGCAGCAUACUCCAAAGUCCUAGAAUUUAUAGUUUAGGGAGGGAUGUUAAAAAGUUCUCAACCAGAAAGUAACCAAACUACAAACGCCAGGAUUCCAUAGGAGUCAACAUAAAGUUAGAACUGAGCUACAUCUUCAUAGGCAAAACAGAAAUUUGUUCAUUGAACAGAGAACUCCUUAAACUCUUGACAAAAGACAAAAUAUACAUUUUUCAUCACUUGUAUAACUGCACGGAUUGUAUGCAGGUUUCUAUGCAAUGGUGAAAAACUGGUUGCCUAUAGAAGCUUGUGCUAAACAUUGUAUUUCCAGUAUUAGUAGCAUUGCUUUGGUUGCAUCACUUCAAAGCCACUAUCCCAUUUUUAAGCAGCAUUGAACUCACAGGACUUACAAUAGGUUUACUUUCAAACAGGAUUGCAGUGUUUGUCUGGCAAUUUCGUUAUGAAAUCAAAAUCUUUUGAGAUCUGUAAAAACACUACAGUAAAUACUGUGGUUAUUCUUUUUUUCUAACAUGAUCUGUGACUACAUAAUCCUAUAUAAUCUUGGUUGGAGGAUUGCAAGUGGAUUUCCGAAUAGGAUAAGGGAUUUUAAAAUCACUUCCUUGGUGUAAUGCUACAUUUUCCCCUACCUGGCCUCACUGCAUUCUUCUUCUUCAUUAUUGAUAAUUACUCCUAUUGGUAUUCUAGAUCUCAUUAUUUUCAUCAAAAGGCAGCAUUAUUGAAAUAAAUUCAGAAAUAAAAUUCACAAGGAUAUAGCCGUCCACAAAGAUGAACUUAAAAAUAUUCAUAUUCAUCCUGGACUAGAUUACUGAACUAGAUUGAGUAAUUUGGCAGGACCUUUUUUAUGUAUGAUCUGGCUGGUAUGCUUUGGGUCUCAAUAGCGAAGAGUAUUCCUUCAAAAACAGCUUCAACUAAAGAUAGUCUUUCUCCUCUGAAAUAAUGCCUGGAGGAGGUAAUGGGCUGGAUGAGGAAAAACAAAUUGAAGCUGAAUCCAGACAAAACAGAGGUGCUUGCUAUCAAGGGUCCUAAUCUAGGGAUGGAUGUGCGUGUCAACCAGUUCUGAAUGGAAUUACACUCCACCUGAAAGACUGUGUUCACAGCUUGGGUCUGCUCCUGGAUCCGUCUCUCCAAAUGUCAGCCCAGGUAGAUGCGACAGUCAGGAGUACUUACUAUCAGCUUCGGCUGAUACUCCAGCUGUGCCCCUUCCUAGAUUUGGAGGACUUUAAGAUAUUAGUGCACGCACUGGUAAUCUCAAGGUUGGACUUCUACAAUGCACUUUACAUUGGGCUACCUUUAUAUCAAGUUUGGAAACUCCAGCUGGUUCAAAAUAUGGCAGCCAGACUAUUUACAGGAACAUCUUGGAGUGAGCAUAUUACACAUAUCCUCAAGUCACUCUACUGGCUGCCAAUUAGUUUCUGGGCAAAGGUAUUGGUUUUGAGCUUUAAAGCCCUACAUUAUUUUUGUCCAGGUUACCUAAUGGAUCACCUCCUGUACAAUCGGCCCUGAACACCAAGGUCAUUUGGGGGGCAGUUACUCCAGCCUGCCAGAACCCAACUGGUAGCUGUCACUCAGAGGACCUUUUCAUCAGCCACCCCACAAUUAUGGAACGACCUGCCAGAAGAGCUCCGACAGCUAAAUGAGCUGUCGGAAUUUAAAAACCAUCUGGCAGGCCUACUUCAACAGUUUUUAACAUAUAUUUUAAACAUGUGUCCUUUGUUUAUGUUUUGUGUAUUUUAAUAUGUAUUUUAUAGAAAUAUGUUUUAAUAUGUAUAUUUUAUAGAAAUAUAUUUUAAUAUGUGUAUUGUGAUAUUUUUACAAUGUUCAUGUGUUUUAAUAAUUCUGUAACCUACAAGGAGAGGCAGGUAAGAAAUAAUAAUAAUAAUAAUAAUAAUAAUAAUAAUAAUAAUAAUAAUAAUAAUUGAACGCAAAAUAUAUAGGCAUACUGCAGUUCCAUUAUGCAGUCAUGCCAACCUGUUAGCAAUUGUUUCUGUAGAAAGGGACUGAGAGCCAGUGAGGUGUAGCGGUUUGUGCAUUGGACUUCAACUCAGGAAACCAAAGUUCAAAUCCCUGCUUGGCCAUGGAAACCUGCAGGGUGACCUUGAGCAAGUCAUACUCUGUCAGCCACAGAGAAAGGUAAAGGCAGGAAAGGGACUGCAUUUAAAAGUAUGCUUUAUUUCAAGAUUAUUUGGGGGGGGGGGAGCAUUAUGAGCUGUUCUGAAAUAAAUAGCAAGCUUGAAAAUCAUAUUACAGUUCAUUCACUAGAGGGGGACAGAUAACUAUAUAUGUAACUAUUAUUUUUGAAGUGUUUUAUAGGUACCGUAUUUAAAAUAUAUGUAAAUGAUGGAUAUGCCUAAUCAUUACUACUGAAUCCUUGUUUUCUUGCUUAAUUCUCCUACUUCAGUUGAUUUAAUUGCUCAAGUACAGUCUGAUUAUUGAUGUAGUUUCUGAAUUACACCAUUAUUUUUAGAAUGAAUGAGGGCAGUAUAAAAUAAAUCUCUCAGAAUUGUUUCUCAUGGUAGGAGCGUUGGAGUGGGGUGUCUGUUCAAAUUUGCAAUUGUAGCAGCUUGAGUUCGCCCUGAAAGGAAAUACAGCUCCCCUAAAAAGGAAAAGAAGAAAACUCUUUGUUUCCUAAUAUAUAUCAAAUCAUUUUUAUGGUUCUAAUUGUAACGUAAAAGUAUAUUUUUUGAUGCACGUUAUUUUUGUUUUGUUCACAGGAAGAACAUCAUCUGUUUUGUCAUCUGUUCCCUUACAGAUUCUUUUCUAUUUAAAUGGAGUGUAUUAUAUAUUUUAUUUCUUUGCAGCCUUGCUGAUGAUUAUUUAUAAAAGUCAAGUUUUUACUUAUCCAGAUAAUUUCUUGACUCUUGAUCUCAUACUGCUGUUUAUUAUGGCGCUUCUAGAAACAAUCCGGCUUUAUUUUGGUACUAAAGGGAACCUGACAGAAGAUGAGGCUCCCCUUGGGUUCAGUCUUGUGAUUACUGCUGGCUGCGUAAUUCUGUCUGUCUAUUUUUUAGCAUUGCAAACUUAUGUCCUCAAGGCAGAUGUCAUUAUUAAUGUUGUGCUCCUUGUUAUAUAUGGACUGGAAGGAAUUCUGCAAAUCAUAGCUAUUGCAGCAUUUGUCAGCUAAAUCAUGUUGCUACCUGUGUUACACCUGUCACAUGUGUGUAUGUGUAACAUAUUCCUCAAAAAGAAGGAACACACACCUUUAAAAUGAUGGCCUUUCAAACAUUCAUGAGUAUUCUCAGGUUCAAAAUGUGUCUUCAUGAAGUAGUGCUGAAUUUUUUAUGCUGAAUUUUUAUACUAAAAAAGGUUAGCAUUUUAUAUUAUAGUGAUGGAUGGAUGCAUUGGAAUUUAGGAUUAAAUGUUUGUACUCAACUUAAAGUUGUUCCACAUUUUUUGUGGCAGAACAAUUUUGUUGCUUGCCUAAAACAUGUCCUUGGUAAGCACCUUUAUGUCUCAUUGAAAGAGGUAUUUUUGUAAAAGCAAACAUGCUGUGCAUGUCCCCUGUAUGUGUACUAACUACAUAAUUAUAAGUAGUGAUCUUCCCUUUGAAUAUUAGGGGUGUCAUUGGGCAGUUCUCAGAGAACAGGCAGAUGUGGUCACUGGCAUUCAUGUGACUGAACAUAACAUGCUCUCAGUAUAGUAUGCAUUAUCCUUAAGAAUAAAUUUAAUUUUAGGCCAGGAUCAUACAUUCUGCAUAUCUCCAAAGUGAUUUCACAUUCCAUUGGGCUUACAUUGGAAGAGUCAUGCAUUCAUGUAUUAACAAAUGCAUAUUAAUAGAAUCUUGUUUUUAAAUUACUUCGAAACUGUUUUCGUAACUGUAAAUUCAUUGGCUAUUAGACCUAGUUAGAGCAGUGGACUUUACUAAAGGGAACUUUUGAUUACCACGAUUCUUCACUUGGUUGCAGCCGUCUCAAAGGCUUGGCUCAGACAGGAAUUAGCCUUGUGUUUCCUCAUAUAUUCUAGUUACUCCCUUCCUUUCUUGUUGCAUAUGUGCCAGACAAACUAUGAUUUGUGCUUAUAAUUGUGUACAAACCAGGAUUGAAAACCAUAAUUCCAUUUUACCUCCAAUUAUGGUUUUCAGGAGCCAUACAUAGUUCAGAUGCUUUUAAAAAGAGAAAUUCAAAGGGGCACAAGAAAAAAAAUAUUUGGCAUUAUAUCCAAAUGAAGCAAGUCACAAUCCUACUGUCUGAAUUCCUCUGUUCCUUUUCAAGGGAAAGAUUGUCCUCAUGUGUCCAUUUCCAUAAUUAUUGCAAACCAGUACAAGCUACUCAGGUUUGAUUACAGAGUAUUUAAGUGACAGUUACAUUGUUUUCUAUGUACGAUAAUUUACCUAAGUUUAAUUUCGAAUAGAUUAAUUUUGAACAAUAUAUCCUCUGGAUAAAAUUUCUGGAGUCUUGAUUUUGCCAUUGGCAUGUUUCAAACUUGCUUCUGAUACAAGAACUGCAUCCUGUUGUUUUAAUUAGAAAGAGUGGUUCUAGAUACUUCAUUACAAAUUUAUCUCUCCUAUAAGUUUUGGGAAGAUGAAUUGCAAGUACUCUCGGAAGAUUGCAGUAUUCUGUAUUUUUGCACUCAUUUUUAUAUGUCAGCUUUACUCUAAUAUUUAAUAUUUUCUACUACAGGUUUUGGCUUUCGAAUAAAGUGUUUAAUGGCAUUUGUUUUUUUAAACAAAGCACCAAAUAACAUUUAAAAUAAAACCGUGUUGUAUAUGCAAUUUGUUUUUGUAAAACACACAGGCAUGCACUCAUACCCCCAUAGGUCAAGGUGUACUACUCUUAUGGUUUGCCUAAAAGAUAGGUGGAAAAACACAUGGCAACUAAAGGUACCCAUGAAACCAUAUAGGUAUGCCUUUUCAACUUAAACGUGAUAUACCCAAGUAUUAUCAUUCAUUUUGAUUGAAACAAAUAAUCAGUAAAGAUAAAGAUAAAGACAAGCAAUAGGUUCAGAUAGAAUUGAUGUCAGAUCCAGAUCUUAAAUGAGUUUUCCUAAAUGUUAACAGAAAGAUCAUUGGCAUCUCUGAUAACCCAUUUUUAAAUAUUUGACUAUCUGGAGCAAAUGGAGAAAACAGUUACACCUGAAAACGUCCCCUCCAAUACCUGUCAUCAUACAUCCUUUGUUUUAUCAUGAGGAUAAAAAAGCUCAGCUUGAUGACUGGGAAGGAGCAGGGCUAUGCAGGUUAUUAAUUUCUUGCCCCAAAAUUAAUGCCUAACCGGGGAACAAAUGUUAGAUAAGCUUCCAUGUGCUAUGGUUCCAAAUUCAUCAAAUAUUACAUUAAAAAAUAAAGUCAAAGGCCUCUUCUACACAGCUAUAUAAAAUCCACAUUAUCUGCUUUGAGGUGGAGUAUAUGGCAGUGUAGACUAAGAUAAUCCAGUUCAGAUAAUGUGUCUUUGAUAACCUGGAUUAUCUGGCAAUGUGGAAGGGCCCAUAAUCAGACAGGAUCAUUCCCCUCUUACCCUUUUUGAAUCUUUAAUUAAGGUGUACAUUUUUCAAUCUAGAGGUUUGGUUUCUAUCAUAUAUUCAUUAUUAUUUCCUACUACUAAGCCUAAAAUGUACAGCUUAAAACUUCAAUGGGAACAUGAUUUAGGGCACACCAUCACUGAUGAUGACUAGAUAGAGUUAGAAAUCAAAACUUCUUCAAUCCAUUUCAGCAUAUUCUAAGGAGACAACUUUGUAAAUGUAUGCAACGCAAUAAAGAUAAAUCCAAAUUACCAAAAAUAAAUUUCUGCAGUGCCGAAGGGGGACUGAUUGAGCAGGAAUCUGCAUGCAUAUGUGGCGGGAUGAUGUAGUUGUCUUAGCAUUCUGGCGGGAUAUCUUUCAAAAAAUAGGUAACAUUACCAACCAACCUUUUUUUUCCAGACUUGGCAUUAUUGAACAUUUUCUCUGAUUCUAAUAUUUAGUUAUUACAUAAGGACCUAAUAACAUUUUAGCUGCUAGAGUCUAGACAGUUAAUACAACAGUAGAAAUCUGAAAAUGCAUUGAAUAUCACUUCAAGAAUAUGGGACUUAGCUGUUUCAGAAAAGUUGUCACAAAGAGUAAAGGAACUGAAUAAGGAUACUGACAUAAAUAAAUUUAGUUAUUUGGAAAACCAAAUACCAUAUGUUGUAUUAUUGCAUUGCAAUGGUAUACGUUUAUAUAUAAAAUGUGUUGUUUUUAUAAAUUAUGUUUUAUGUUAAUUUUUUUCAAUAAAAGUUUAAACAAAAAAACAAACAAACCUUGAAA